AUGUCAGCAGAGACGCUGACACACAUUUCAAAUCCUCUCGCAACGACCGACCAGCUGUACCGCCGGACCCUCGGCGCUCUGCCAGAAGACCUGCGGGACAUCAUCUUCUUCGCCACACAGUGCCUGACGCAGUCUGCCGGCAUCCUGCUGGGCCUGCCACAGUCCAUCACCGCGCAGGCGUGUAUCGUGCUGGCGCGAUACCUGCUCUCGCUCUCCUGCGGCGACGUCGGUGAGGGCCCGCUCGCCUACGAAUUCAGCGACCUCUCCGCCACGGUCCUCUACCUCAUCACCAAGCCCAGCGCCCAUCCCCGACCCAUCCGCGACCUAUACAACGUCUACGCAUACCUACUAUCCCCUGGCUCGCCCUUCUUCAGGGAAACCGACCCGUCAGACAUAGCGAGAAUUAAGGAGGGGGCAAACGAAGACGGCAGUACUGCAGGUAGAGGAGAUGGACAGGAAAAAGAGGGGGUUGGCGAGAAGGAUAACGCCGAGGACGAGGGAGGCACCAAGAACAGCGCAGGAGAAAAGAUGGAUGGUCACAAUAAAGGCGACGCUGGUGGCGAGGCAGAUCCGUCCACAGACUUUCUCACCGAGUCGGAGUACGAGGCCUUCCGGAACCGCGUGUUCGCCAUCGAGCCGCGGGUAUUGAUGGCCCUCUCGUUCGAUACGCACGCGGUGGUGCCGCACGGGCUCGCGGUGACGUACCUGCAGGCGCUCGACUUCCUGGGAGAGGCGCGGUCGGCGGCGACGGGACGCGCCGUAGCGUACCUCAACGCGGCGCUGCUGUCGCCGCAGCUGCUGUACCUGACCCACCAGCCGGCCGCGCUCGCCGUCGCCGCCAUCUACACGGCCGCGUUCGAACCCGGCGCCCGCGUCCCCACCUGCAACUGGUGGGAGGCCUUCGAUGUCGACCGCGAGGAGCUCGGCUUCCUCUUGCUCGCGCUGCGCAGCCUCGACGGCUGGGCCCGCGCCCGCCGCGGCGCCACCCCGCGCCUCUGGGGUCGCGGCAUGGUGACUCGCGCCAUGGUCAAGGCCGAGCUCACCGACAGGGGAUUGCGCGUUGUCGCGCAGGGGAACGUGCUUAAGGGCGACGACGACGCCGAUGCCGACAUGGUCGAUGAGGAGACAGCUAUGAUGCGGAAAAUGGACGAACGAGCAGCGCAGUUGGAAGCGUGCUGA